GGGGGGGGGGGGGGGGGGCGAAACGCUGCGUCGUGGGCCGCGGACACGCCGAUCCCUUGCCCCGAGGAUUGCGCAAUCCCGCUGUGGCCGAAAAUGUCAUCUCACGGGAAAGUCAAGAAGGACAAAGAGAUCAUCGCCGAGUACGAGACCCAAGUGAAAGAGAUCCGUAACCAGCUGGUGGAGCAGUUCCGUUGUCUGGAGCAGCAGUCGGAGUCCCGGCUGCAGCUGCUGCAGGACCUGCAGGAGUUCUUCCGUCGAAAGGCCGAGCUCCAGCUAGAGUACUCCAGAGGCCUGGACAAACUGGCCGAGCGCUUCUCCGGUAAAAUACGAACCUCGAGAGAGCACCAUCACUUCAAAAAGGAGCAGAAUCUGGUGUCCACUGUUAACUGCUGGUAUUUGGUCUUGGACCAGACCAGGCGGGAGAGCAGAGACCACGCCACUCUCAGCGACAUCUACAACAACAACGUCAUUGUCCGCCUGGCUCACGUGGGCGAGGAUGUCAUCAGACUCUUUAAAAAGAGCAAGGACAUCGGGGUGCAGAUGCAUGAGGAGUUAGUGAAAGUCACCAACGAGCUCUACACCGUGAUGAAGACGUACCACAUGUACCAUACUGAGAGUCUCAAUGCUGAGAGCAAGCUGAAGGAGGCAGAGAAGCAGGAAGAGAAGCACAUUGGCAAAGCCAACGACAUUGGUUCCAGCCUGCUGCGUUAUGGUCAUGAUGAACGUCCACAGCGACGAAGCUCAGUCAAGAAGAUGGAGAAAAUGAAGGAGAAGAGACAAGCCAAGUACUCUGAAAACAAGCUGAAAUGCACAAAGGCCCGGAACGACUAUCUUCUCAAUCUGGCCGCUACCAAUGCCCUAGUGGCCAAGUACUACAUCCACGAUGUAUCUGACUUAAUAGAUUGUUGUGACUUAGGUUUCCACGCAAGCUUGGCGCGCACUUUGAGAACCUACCUGUCGGCCGAGUAUAGUCUGGAGACUUCCCGCCACGAGGGUUUGGACCUGCUGGAGGGAGCCGUAGAUGCCAUGGACACCAGAGGAGACAAGCUGAAGUGUAUGGAUGCACACAGCCAGAUCUUCUGCCCUCCAGCACGCUUCGACUGUCAGCCACACAUGGGGGAUGAGGUGUGUCAGGUGAGUGCACAGCAGCCUGUCCAGACAGAGCUCCUGAUGCGCUACCACCAGCUGCAGUCUCGCCUGGCCACGCUGAGGAUCGAAAACGAAGAGGUGAGGAAGACUCUUGAUGCCACCAUGCAGACCCUUCAGGACAUGCUCACGGUGGAGGACUUCGACGUCUCGGAGGCCUUCCAGCACAGCCAAUCCACGGAGUCGGUCAAAUCGGCUUCCUCUGACUCCUACAUGAGCAAGGCGAACCUAGUGAAGAGACGAGCUAACCAGCAAGAGACCGAGGGCUUCUACUUCACCAAAUACAAGGAGUACUUGAAUGGCAGCAAUCUUAUCAUCAAGCUGCAGGCAAAGCAUGACCUUCUGAAGCAGACGCUAGGAGAAGGGGAGAGGGCUGAAUAUGGAACAACAAGGCCCCCCACUCUCCCCCCUAAACCUCAGAGAAUGCGGAAGUGUAGACCUCCCUCCGUUUUUUACCGUAAGCUGUUUAACGGCAACAUGGAGGCCUCCAUUCAGGACUCGGGGCAGCCGAUACCAGUGGUGGUUGAGAGCUGCGUUCGAUACAUCAACCUUUACGGUCUUCAGCAGCAAGGUAUAUUUCGAGUUCCGGGCUCCCAUGUCGAAGUCAACGAUAUUAAAAAUGCAUUUGAAAGAGGAGAGGAUCCACUGGUGGACGAUCAGUCCGACCAUGACAUCAACUCUGUGGCAGGCGUCCUCAAGCUCUACUUCAGGGGGCUGGAAAACCCGCUGUUCCCUAAAGAGCGUUUCCUCGACCUCAUAUCCACAACCAAGCUUGACUCAGGCGCAGAAAGGGCUCAUCACCUUCAGCAGAUCGUCGUGACUCUCCAGCGGCCCGUGAUCAUCGUCAUGAGAUACCUGUUUGCAUUUCUAAAUCAUGUUUCUCAGUACAGUGAUGAGAACAUGAUGGAUCCCUACAACCUGGCCAUUUGCUUCGGCCCCACACUGAUGCCAAUACCGGAUGAACAGGACCCCGUGUCCUGCCAGGCGCAUGUUAACGAGAUCAUUAAGACCGUUAUCAUCCACCAUGAGGUCAUCUUCCCGGCGCAGCGGGAGUUGGACGGACCCGUGUACGAAAAGUGCAUGGCUGGUGGGGAGGAGUACUGUGAGAGCCCCCACAGUGAGCCGGGGACUCUGGACGAGGUGGACAAUGGCACCGGACCCAACACCAGCGAUGAAGAGUUGGAGCAGAUCGAGGCCAUCGCAAAGUUUGACUACGUGGGCCGAAGCCCGAGAGAGCUUUCCUUCAAGAAGGGGGCCUCUUUGUUACUCUACCUGCGAGCCUCUCAGGACUGGUGGGAGGGCCGACACAACGGCGUCGACGGGCUGAUCCCACAUCAGUACAUUGUGGUUCAAGACAUGGAUGAUGCAUUCUCGGAUAGCGUCCAGAGGACUGAUAGUGCGACCAGCAGUGGGCCGCACCACGAUGAAAGAGCCUCAUUGAGGAAUGACCGGCGGUCUCCAUGUGACCGCCAAUUCGGAGCAGCACUGGGAAGGGUGAGGGUGCGAUCAGACGGAGCUGCAGGUCCGCACCACAGGAACGGCGCAGACAGUCACAGCCCCCCCAGGGCCGCAGACCAGCCCCCAAGGGUCACGCCUCGGCCCUGCAGCCCACACAAAAUCGCCGCCGGCCGGGGCCCGGCGGACAGUCCGGAGAAGCGGCGUCUGGCCGCAUUCGGCAGCGCCGGCUGCAUCAACCACUCGGAGAGGGAGAGGAGGGCGCUGGUGGACGGUCACUCUCAGCGAUCGUCCCCCAGCGCCACUCGGCACGCCAGUUUAGGAGAUCACAAAACGCUCGAAGCCGAAGCGCUCGCUGAGGACAUAGAGAAAACUAUGAACACAGCUCUCCAUGAGUUGCGCGAGCUGGAACGACAGAAUGUAGCCAAACACGCGCCGGAUGUUGUUUUGGACACGUUGGAGCCCCUGAAACACGCCGCUGGAGCCCAGGAGCCGCCGGGCAGCCCCCUGCACACCAUGGUGAUCAGGGACCCAGAUGCCGCCCAGCGACGUAGCAGCAGCAGCUCCUCCGAGACCAUGAGCACUUUCAAACCCGCUAUAUCCGUACGCAGACCCAGCGCACCUCUCAGGCCCCCGCCGGUCAGACCGGUCCGGCCGGCGCCUGUGAUCGGACCGGGCCAGGGACCACACCGCUCCAGCAGCUCCAGUUCCUCCGGUCUGAGCAGCCCAGGCAUCACGCCCACUGACCGGGUCUUUCCCAAACCGCCCUCCCCGUCUCCAUCCACCUCCUCCUCGUGCUCAGACAGGCAAGGUAACGUGUAGCUCCAGUCAGUAGCAAGUGGUUGAAGAACGCUGGGUACCAACUGAUAGUGAUUCACCUCCAUGUCCCUCUUCAUGCCGACAAAAUAAACAUCGGCACCUGGUUUGUAUGAUCUUCUAAAGUGCAGGAUGGCUGCUUGUCUCUGACAACUUUGCUACAGCACACUAACUCGUCUAUGUCUAUGUACUGCAUUAAAAUAUCACAGAGAAAUAGAAUAUAAAUCCACUAGAACAAUUUUAUAUAAUGCUACCGUGCUAAGCAGCCAUGCUGGAUAACAAAAGGACGCGCUGGAAAAUGCUUGUUUACUGAAAUCUGACAAUGAAAAUCUCUUGUGAUGAGGUCACAAAAAUGCUGCGAGCUCGGAUUUUGUGUCUGGUUUCAUGUUCCGUUAUGAGGGAACGCUUAUGGUCAUGUGACAUCACUAAUUAGCUAGACAUCUAGUGUGUGCUGCUGGUAGAUGUAGUCAAUAAAAACUAAAAACAACUCUCGGGCAACAUUUUUACCGGUGAGCCUGUCACACACUGCCGAUGUGUAUACCGACCGGCAACUAUAAGGCCUUCAGUGAGAGGUGGAUGUGUGUUGGCUGUGUCUGAAAUCCCUCUCUAUUCACUGUGCAGACCACUAUAUUAACUGUGCCCCGUUUUAUUCCAUGCUGGGGAUUCUACUGUAAAUAGUGCCCUUUAAAAAAAAUGUGAUUAAUGGAAUGAAAUAAAUUUGUGUUCAAUCCUGCAACACAAUGCAUAACUUUUCGUAGAUAUGAUGAGUUUUACACCACACCUUUGAGUUCAUGCCAUAGUAGUUUCAUAUGGAGAUGUGAGCCAAGGUGAUUUUAGACACAGCCGUGGAUGAUCGGUAACACCCAGGUAGAAACAGAGUAUGUCGUAGUUCUUCAAAUGGCCUCAUAGAUGGUGUCAGAGCAUCUUUUGCCCAAAAAACAACCGUAGCGGAAGUAUAAGAAACGAACUCGCUCACUACCACGACGCCUCACAACAAUCCAACCUGACGGUACUGAAGCAACUUUAGGACAACGCCUACUGUCACUGGGAUUGACUUUUUCUACAAAAGAAAUUAUUUUAAAAAUACUACAUCGUACCAAAUUUGUAUGGUCACUUACAGCGAGUCUGACCGGCGGGGGGGGGGGGGGGGGGGGGGGGGUCAGCGGUAGCAUCAGCAGCCAGUUGAAGUGGAACCGAACCCAUACGAACUCUCUGUGACUCUGAUAUCCGAUAAUAAUUGCUGCAUGGAAGUUGUUUUCGAAAUGUAGAUUUAAGGAAACAAAAUGUAGUCGUUUUUUUUUUUUGUUUUUUUUU